AUGAGAACGACGGCCCGCGUCCCGGCCUGUCGGCACACUUACCCUAGGCGAGGAAAGGUCCCCGCCCCAGCGAGGAGCCUCCGGCCGAGCUCCCGGCGGGCUCCGGAGCCGCCCCGAGCAAGCGCGCGACGCGGGGCGGGGAGGGGAGGGAAGGGGAAGCGGGGCGGGAAGAGGGGGCCGCGCUGGAGCGCAGCCGCUGCUACUGCUAGGCCAGGCGGCAGCCGAGCCCCGCGGGCGCCGGGAGGGGAGGGCAGGGAGCCUUCGGCAAUGGCGACGGCCCAGGCCAGAGGGGAAGCGGAACAACCACCGCUGCUGCGCGUGGCCACAACCCUGGGGGAGGGCGACGGCGGGGACCGGAGAGGGGCGGGACCGAAGCCCGAGCUCCACUGGGCGGAGACGGGUACCACCUCCCAGUGGGCGAGUUCAUGCGGGGCCUGCCGGGAGUUGUAG